GUUAGAAGCUGGUGAGGCAGUCAUUUACAUCAUUAAGAAAGUCAUAGAAAAGAGAGUGCUUUCUUUCAGCUGCAAAGGAUGUUCAUCAAACCUGUUAAUGUGGUCGGUAUUCACUGGAGGAGAAAAGAGCACCUCCGUCAGCUUGGAGCUGCCAAUCACAUGGGGGGAACCAGCUUCUUAGCGUGUUCAUCGUUUCCCAUCGUAUUCAGCAUCGUUCAAAGGAGCGUACAAGUCUUGAGACGUCACGAUAGUCCAGUGUCAAGCAAUAGUGAAGUACCUUUUUCGGGAUCCAGGGUGGGUCAGAGACUUCUAUAGCAUCAGAAUGAAGGAGCUUUGGAGCUGUUGGGAGUGUAUCAGCAGCAGCUCGGGAAGAGACGGACGUAGUAGCUGAACAUUCUUGACGACACUGAGCCGCAGAGUUUCUUCUUGUUUCACUCGUUGUUCACUACAUAGUGCCUUGUGACGGAGAGAGGGGAGAUAGAGCGUUUCAUUGGAGCUGCAAACGGGUGUAGACGAAGGCAUAGCCUAGCACCAGUGCAUGGAGUGAGAGAACAGGUGCAGUUAUACAGAAUUACAGCUGAACGCAGCCAGUCGUGAUUAUUCGGGAGGAUUGAGUGCUUGAGGUGAGAAUCUUGGCAAGGGAGCCGAGUUGAGGUAGCGGGAGAAGGAAACUAAAAGGGCGAGUUGAGAAUGACAGCAAAGGUAGGGGUGCAGCAGUGUGGGUUGCAGAGUUGGGAACUGGAUUGUCUCACGACGCGCACGGUCUACCAGAAGAAAGUGUUGGAAAGCUUGCAUCGGUUCUUGAUUGUAGAAGAUGAGAACCUAGAUCAUUUCAUUCUAGAAUCUCAAAACGGCCAGCUUCCCUACCGCUGCCCCGUCCCCCUCUCGCCAAAGUCGCCAUUGCCGUUCCUCACAAGCAACUUUACCUCCUCAUCAAGCCGGCAGACUGGCGGUGCUUAUGGCGUUCCUUGCUCCUCAGGUCAGUUGAUCAAUGGAGCUUGCACCAAUGGCGACGUAUCCACCAGUGAAAUGGACCAAGCCUGCGACAAUUCAUCUCAGAACAGCAACAGUAAUAAAUUGAUCAGCACUUUGAAGAGGAAGUUCGGGGGCAGUUUCGUAAAAGAGGUUCGCUCGACUAUGAAACCAUUUGUCAAGGAACUGACCGAGGGCGAUUUUCUCUGCUUAGACAACCUGCAAGAGCAGCCAGUAAGCAUGUGGAGCAAAGAGACGUCAAGCACUGAAAGUUCAAAUUCCCUUACAACUCGGCGUCCGGCGAUAUCUCCUCUGACAAUUCCUCCCUCGCCACAGCCCGACAACCCGGCGCCCAUCCGUUUGAGUCCUUGGUUCACAAAGGCGCUUUCAGUGCCGCUCUCCAGAAGAUUUUCGCAGAGAGUUCUCAGGACCCUUGCCGAUGGACCAAAACGACUCCGACGACAUGUUCAUUUACUCGAUCCUGAAGGACGCCUCGCAUUCAGCCGCCGAUUCCUCUAUUCUGCAAGAGACCACCUUUGAUCCUAUGAAAAGCAUCCAGGUCAAAAUUAAGCAGGAACGAUCACCUCGAGCCACCACAACCUCACAGAAGCCUGCGGAAAUGAAACCAUCUGUUAAAUCGCACUACAUUGGCGUCAGGCGAAGGCCAUGGGGGAAAUUCGCAGCUGAGGUCCGAGAUUCAAAGAGGAACGGCGUCUGGGUAUGGCUAGGAACUUUUGACACUGCGGAGCAAGCGGCACUAGCUUACGACCGAGCGGCCUUCAACAUGCGAGACUCUCGCGCUAUUUUGAACUUCCCCACGAGGAUCACAACCGAUUCUUCCUAACCAAAAUCAUUGCCACUCGCUGCACAGCUCAACACGUGCACCUCACGUCACAGCAACAGAAAGAUCAGAAUUCUUCACUGCUAUCUGUCUUUUAGAAACGACACACUAAGCUUGAUAGCAGCCAUCUCUUACACUGAGGCAUCGAUUUACUGCAGCAAAAAGAGGCUUGCGUCUGAGGUCGUUUUAAAGAGCAGAGAAGAAAUAAAGCGGCCGCGUGUGCACAUGGUAGAUGUAAAUUAAGAGACACGCUUCCAGAUGAUCGCAUUGCGAAUUAUAAUCUGUACAAUACUCUCGUGCCUCUAUAACAAUUCAUCCUCAAUUCUCACACAGAUUGUUGCAAUGAGGUGCAGCGUUUCGAUGAGGACAAGUAGUCCAAGAGGGAGCGGUGUGGCUUUCUCGGUGACACCAUUUGGGCUCUUCCUCACGGGGGUUUGACAAUAUGAGAAAAAUUGCGGCGCCAUGGAUUUUUCCUUUGCUUACAAAGAGCACCUCAGUUUCUGUCGGUAGCGAAGCCCAGAUCAGACGCCCUCUUCCGUCGUCGACGCUUCGCCACUGACGACGAACCGUCGCAUGAGCAGAUUUUAUCGUCUGCUUGAGCGCCGGAAAUUCAAUUCGUUCGUCUGCGAGUGCAAUGCCCCACCACAAAUGUGAUCAACGUGAUUCUUUUAAUUGAAAUCGGGUUUCCCAUAUGAAUUAGUUCACAAGAGAGUGUGUAUUGUAUUCUAUUUAAUAUAGUACCACUGGAUUCUCUAUUUCGGUUUAUAUAUAGAUAUAUUGCUUUAUUCUUGAAAUAAAUGUAGUAUUGCUGUGCUUAUUAAUCAGAGAAAAACAGUUUGGAUAUUAUGA